CUUUUUUUUUCCAAUCGAUGAUCUCAACUGAAGUUUCCUCUGUCAGCUUCACUAAGAGGCUGAAGAAACUCCUCGAGAAUGACAAAAGUAUCGUCGAGGUUGACCAUCGUUGAAGUCUGCGGCGGGAAACGACAAAGGGAACUUAACGCCAUUUAAGUCCCAACAAUGCGGUUCAAACAAAGACUGCAGUGAUUUUGUGGUCUUGGUUGUUUUCUGCUCUGCUCCUGCUAGCCAGGGCUGGGUCCCGUUACAGUUGUGAGUCGGCGGCUCACCAAGAUGUCUAUGGAGGAGCAGGAAUAUCCCGAAGGGGUACUGGUGACAGAGGCCGGGCCACAGUGGCUUCGAGUCGAGGUCGAGCGUCUUACCCGGGAGCUCCGUGAGACGACCCAUGAGAAGAUCCAGGCAGCUGAGUAUGGGCUGGCGGUGCUGGAGGAGAAGCAGCAGCUCAAGCAGCGAUUUGAUGAGUUGGAGACAGAAUACGAGACGGUCCGACAUGAGCUGGAUCAGCUGAAGGAGGCCUUUGGACAAGCUUACUCAGCCCACAGGAGGGUGGCAGCAGAUGGGGAAAGCAGGGAAGAGUCGCUGAUGCUGGAGUCUGCCAGUAAGGAUGCUCUCUACCAGCAGACGGUCCUAGAGUUGCACAAUGAGCUCCGACAGGCCAAAGCUUCCCUGACCGGCGUACAAGUUGAAAACGAUCGUCUGUCGUCCAUUGCCCUGGAGAUAAAAGAGAAUUCAGAGCUGGCAGAGCUGCAGCGAGUUCAGCAGCGUGAUGACAUGAGAGAGUACAAGGUGCGGGAGGCUCGUAUGCUGCAGGACUACAGCGAGCUGGAGGACGAGAACAUCUCUCUUCAGAAACAAGUCUCUGUGCUGAGACAGACCCAGGUUGAAUUUGAAGGUCUUAAGCAUGAGAUCCGUCGUCUGGAGGAGGACUCGCAAUGCCUACACAGCCAGCUGGAGGAAGCCAUGCGUCUGAGAGAAAUCGCCGAGCGACAGCUGACGGAGGCCUUAGAAACUAUUAAAACGGAGCGUGAGCAGAAGUCCACUCUUCGCAAGGAGCUCUCCCACUAUAUGACCAUCGGCGGCUCUUUGUACACCAGCUCUUUCAAUAUCUCCAUCGACAACCUAAAACUCCACGAUGAUCUCUCCACCAUCACCGAGCCCGACAACGAUGAUCUAAUCAGAGGCUUUGAAAACGGCUUGGCCAAGAUCAGUGAAGGUGAUGAAGACAACAGAGCUGCUGGGAACAAGAGAAGAGAGGCUUUCAAGCCGGCCCCUAGCCUGGUGGACGACCUGCUGACGGAGCUGAACAUCUCUGAGAUCCAGAAACUUAAACAACAGCUUAUGCAGGUUGAGCGUGAGAAAGGGGCCCUGAUCAACUCCCUCCAGGAGAACCAGAAGCACCUGGAACAGGCCUAUGGGACCGUGUCUGAGCAAAAGGAAACUGUCAACAGACUGACUGAGAACCUCACUGCAAUGAGGAAACUUCAGGCUAGUAAGGAGCGCCAGUCUGCCCUCGACAGUGAAAAAGACAGGGACAGCCAUGAUGACGGAGACUACUACGAACUGGACAUCAAUGGACCUGAGAUUCUGCAGUGUAAAUACACAGUGGCGGUGUCUGAAGCUGGUGAGUUGAGGCAGGAGCUGAAGACUUUGAGGUCAAAGUACGAGGAGUGUCGAACCCAGUAUGAGGAAGAGAGAGCGCGCCUGGAUAGCGACGUCCAUGAGUUGAGGUCAAAGUUGGCGUCCCUGGAGAAGAUUAGCCAAGCAGAUCAAGCCGCGGUGGCUUGUCUGGAGAAGGAGCUCCGUCUGGUCAGCGAUGCAGCGGGAGAAUCACUUGGCAGCCUUAAUGUGGCGCAGGAUGAGCUCAUAAUUUUCAGUGAAGAGCUUGCCAAUCUCUACAACCAUGUGUGUAUGUGCAACAAUGAGACCCCUAACCGUGUCAUGCUCGACUACUACAAAGCAGGCAAGGCCAAAGUAAGAAGAGGUCAAGAAGGGAAGGAGCACCAGUCGUCCAUACUUCUCACUAAUGGGCUGAUCACUGAGACUGAACCUGGAAACUCAAGCAGCACCACAGUUAUGCCAGCCCCAGAGCACCGGCCUGAACCAUUGAACGUCUAUAACCUCGUAGCCAUCAUCAGGGACCAGAUCCUCCACCUGCAGCAGGCCGUGGACCGCACCACUGAGCUGGCACGUCAGAGACUUGCAAAUCUGGAGCUGAGCACAGGAGCAGACAAGGAUAAGGAGGCUUGCUUGGGAGAGAUCCUCAAAUUGAAGUCUCUGCUUAGCACCAAAAGGGAACAGAUCGCCACUCUCAGAGCUGUGCUCAAGGCCAACAAACAGACGGCUGAGGUUGCUCUGGCCAACCUGAAGAGUAAGUAUGAAAGCGAGAAGGGCAUGGUGACUGAGACAAUAAUGAAGCUCCGCAAUGAACUCAAGGCUCUGAAAGAAGAUGCUGCAAUGUUCUCCUCUCUUCGGGCCAUGUUUGCUACACGGUGUGAUGAGUAUGUGAUCCAGCUGGAUGACAUGCAGAGGCAGCUGAUUGCUGCCGAGGAUGAGAAGAAGACACUGAAUUCUUUGUUACGUAUGGCCAUCCAGCAGAAACUGGCCUUAACGCAGCGCAUGGAAGACUUAGAGUUUGACCAUGAACAGGCGCGCCGCAGCAGUGCCACAGCGGUGGGAGGAAAGAGCAAAACAAAGGCCAAGGGAGCCUCUUCCAGCCAGAAUUAAAUCUAUCAUGCCAAGUGUCCUUAAGGAGGAGGUCCGUCAGGGUGUCUGUGACAGUUGCCAGUCACCUGGUUCCUUCACUCUCUAAUCAUGGUCCAAAUCAUGUUGUCACUAGCACAAGAACAUAUCCAACAGUAUUUGCCAAGGGCCUUGUUUUAGAGUGCCAAAACAAGUAUGUCAAAUUCUGUCGAACAUUCAGAGAGAAUGACUCGUUCCAUCAGCUGCCCACCGCAGUCCUUCAGUCUUCCAACAGUAUUCACCACUAUUAUUAUUAUUAUUAUUGAACCAGAGGAAGAAUCAGGAUGGGCGUUUUGCUGAUUUCUCAUUGCCUGUGUUACCAUGACUGUGCACUUUUUGUUUUACUUAUUUGCUCUUAGGUGAUUCCCUUUUUCUUUCUAAAAAUCAUACUAAUUGUUUCAAGUAUUGUAUAAUUUUACCAGAUGUGCAUGUUUAUCUACCAGAUUCUUGGUGCCAUUUUCAAGUGAUUCAACAAAUUGUAUUCCUAUUUAUUUCAAAGCAACGCAUUACCAUUAUGUGGUAAUUCUUUUAAAACCAGAAUUUUUGACUCACUGAUUGAAAUCCAACAAAAGAGAUGAAUACACUUUUCUGCCUUAGUUGUUUUUCCUUUUGGCCUUAAAUGUAUGGGUGCCUUUCUGGCAGCCUUAGAAACACUUUUUAAGGUUAUCAAGAUUAUUGAUAAUGAUUUCUCCUGUUUAGCUUAUAAAAAGAAAUAAUGCAAUAUACUAUUUUCACUAUAUGAUUCUGCAAAUAUGGAGCUUCAGUUUCAGGGUCCUACUACAUUUUGUGUAAUUGGGCUCCUCGUUUGUAGACAUGGCAUAGCUGUUACAAAUUCAAGUAUGCUUGUUACGACUAAGGAAGAGUAAUAAUGCAAAGCUUAUUUAAAGAGUUCUAAGGUAAAGUCAGAUGUUAAUAGUAUUCAUUAACUUUAUUCAUGAAGGAACGUUUUAUUGUAAUUGUUUUAAUACACCUUUUUGUAAACCUUUGAGUCCUAAAAUCUGCAAACAACAAGCCUGCAGUGCCAUUUUGUGUUUUGUUUAUACAAGUGCAAUUUGCAAACGUGGCAAGAAAAAAAAUAACUAAAUGUUUAUGCUAUGUAAAGAUAUUUUUCACAUUGUUGCUCACAUACUUGGUCCUAAUUGAUUUUUAUAUGUUUUAACUAUAACUGCAAUUGUAUUUAUUUGACAUU